AUGAAACAUCAGCGGUCACUGAUCAUCGCAUCUAUAUCAGGACCGAAUAUGGCAGCCGGUUGCAUUGUGGUGCCUCUCAUCAUACCGAUUCGAAUCCCCCCUCCUGGUAAAGCCAAGCAUGAGAUAGACACCACAACUCCUGUGGAGCUCAAAUCAGAUACCCAAGAUGUCACUAUCUACUACACUCUGGAUGGUACUAAACCAGAGGUGACGAAGAGACCAGGGUUUGGAGAGAACAACACUUUGAAGUAUAGCGGACCAAUACGCUUACCUGAGGGCAAAGUGUCAGUCAAAGCUCUGGCUAUCACCAGGGAUGGUCGAGAGAGUGCCAUUGUCACCAAGCUAUUUCUGGUGGAGUAUGUGCCCUCAAAUGAGCCACCUUCCAUUGAGGACAAGGAUGAUAACUUUCUGAAGGAGUAUGAACGAGACCUCUCUAGACAGGAGAUGGGGACAGCGAACGGUUCUGGAGAUGCCUCACUGAAGCUUCAAGUGCCAAAGACCUACCGGCCCCCUAAAGAUCCACGGUUCCUCAGCAGCCGUCUAGGGCCUGGGUCCCCUGCUCUGGAGCCCAUGUCUUCACAUCGUUCUCAGACACUGAACGCAAGCUUGGAAGACAGUCCUUUCAAAAACCUAACCAGCACUCAAAUGUCAAGGAUCCAAAGGGAGACAGACUUUCUGAGGUGUGCGAAGUGCUUGAGCCAUCGCCCCUCAGACCCCUUUGCCCGCUUUUGUCUGCAGUGCGGUACCGCUGUGCUGCCUGUGCCAGGCCAGAGGCUGCCACCCACAGAGGGUGGACAGAUGGGCUUGUGUGUCCACUGUAAAACAAUGGUGCCUGUCAACACCCCCACAUGUGUGGUAUGUGAGGCCCCCAUGAGCCCCCAGCUCCAGCCUCAGGCCAGCUUAAGACUCCAGAACAAGGUGAUCUGUCCGUCAUGUGGAACCGGAAACCCUCCGCAUAUCUCAACUUGUGUCACCUGUGAAACUAAACUACUGCAGCCACCCACUGCUGUUUUGGGUGGCCAGAGUGCCCCGCCACUUCCAUCUGGAGCAGGCAAGAUGAUGUCCUGUUCUAAGUGCAGCCGGGUCAACCACUCGGAUGCGCGCUUCUGUGACUGGUGCGGUUGCAAGCCUGGCCAUUCAGUCAGCUGUUUGAUCUGCUCCCGGUGUGGAGCGAGCAGCCACCCCUAUGCCAAAUUCUGUGGCUCCUGUGGGGUGUUUCUGGAAGGGCCACCUAGAGGGGAGUCACGUGCCAGCCUUGCCUAUUCCAUGGGGGGGAAACUGGAGUUGGAGCGAUCCACUCACACCUCUGACGGUGCCACUGCCACCUGGCAGGCUGUGCCCUCCUCCGUUUCCCCUGGUGUGGCGUUGGCCCCAGCUCCAGCACGGGCGGACCAGCAGACUCAGACGGUGGGCUUGUUCUACCCGUCGGGCACUGAAGUCCACAGGAAGGGCCAGCAGGUGGAGCUGGAGCUGAGGAGACAGGAGCAAAUGAGGGACCGCAGACCACUGCUCACAGCUAUAAGCCCAGGCAGAGGGUACUGGAGGAAGCAGCUGGACCAUGUGUGUGCUCACCUGCGCAGCUACACUCAGAACAACACUGAGUUUCGAGCUCUCAUAGGGGAGCCUCACAUGGGCCGGAUGGUUUCAGCUGUGAUCCAGGAGGACAACUAUGAAGUCAGUUUGAGGAUCAACUUCGUCUCCGCUGGACUUGAAAAAACGAAGUCCUGUCAGGUAGACGGGACUGAGAAGCCCCUUAUCCUAUCAGAGAACCAGAACCUCAGCAGUGUGACGGAAGGCAUGAGCGGCCUAUCAGCCAGACAGAACAGCCUGGGUGAGAAAGAGAGUGAGAACGCUACCUCAAAGUCUGCAGCUUCCAGGAGAACAGUGAAAAACCUCAGUCAGAGCUGGACCUCUGACGUUGCACAGAAACCGCCUCCAUCCAAAGACAGUCUGCUUCUGAGGGAAGUUGGCCCAGACGGGAGGGGGGAGAUCUCUGUGGUCCAGCAACUGCUUGAUGAGGGUGCAGAUCCCUCAUGCCAGGGGUGCGCCGGGCACCCUGCCCUGGUUGUUGCUGUGCUGCACGAGCACCACGAGGUCCUCCCUGUGCUGGUACAAAGGGGAGCUGACGUCAACCGGCAGUCUGGGCCGGUGAACAACACCGCUCUGCAUGAGGCUGCUGCUCUUGGGAGUAAGGGCUUACGGUGUGCAGAGACACUAUUAGGAUGCAACGCCAGCAUUCGGAAGAAGAACGACAGAGGUCUGACGGCCUAUGACUUGGCAGUCACUUCAGAUUGCAGCCCUUUGGUGUCUCUACUAGCUGCGAAGAUGGGUCAGGGCAUGCUAGACAGACUGGUCAAACCCAGGACUCACCCAAACCUAGAUGCAUUCCGAUGACAGAGAGAAUUGUGUGCGGCCCCCAAAUAGCACCCUAUUCCCUAAUAGUGCACUGCUAUGGGCUCUGCUCAACAGUAGUGCACUAAAUAGGCAACAGGUUCCCACUUGGGAUGCAACCUUUUCUCCAUGGUGGCCUUAUUUUCUGAAUUGACCAUCCAUCAAUUAUCUUGAAUCUGUUAAUCAAUUAUAAUUUCCAGAAAUGGGAUUGAUAAGGAAUUUACCCCAACCUUAUGUACUGUAGUGCUUACAAACAUCUACAACCAUGGAAAAACACCCUUGUAAAUGGCUAAUUUGUUAAUGCUAACAAAACAUUUGAUUUGAAUACAGAUGCGCAAUAUAGUACUUGAUGAUAAUAAAUGGUACACAUACUACUAGCUAUAGUAAAGAACACUAGUUCUAAGAGGCAUGUACACUGAGGUCCAAAAGUAUUGACAGUGACCCAUUUUUUGUUGUUUUGGCUCUGUACUCCAGCGCUUUGAAAUAAAACAAUAACUGAUGUUUAAGUGCAGACUUUCAGCUUUAAUUUUAGGAUAUUUUCAUCCAUAGAAAUUACAUCACUUUUUGUAAAUAGCCCCCCCAGUUUAAGGAACCAAAAGUAUUUGGACAAAUUCACUUAAUCAUAAAGUAUUCAUACCGUUUGACUCAUUCCAAAUUUUGUUACACUCGGAAUUUAAAAUAUAUUACAUAUUUUCCUCUUACCCAUCUGUAAACAAACCUCAUAAU